GGUCUGCUCUGGACUCCUUGCCCGCUCUAUCCUGGAGCCGGCCGUGCUGUGGAGCUGGGAGAUUUAGCACCAGGCUGGGCAGUGUGCUCGGUGCGAGAGGAAGGAGCCCCAAAGAGGGCACGGGUCCUCCCUGCCAGCCGUUCUGGUGGGUCCCCGAGUGCUCUGCUCUGCGCAGACCAAGCCGCACACACCCUCUGUCUGUGACCAGCUGGUGGCAUUCAGAACACCAGUAAAACCAGGACAUUUGAUUUGGUCACUUGCAGGAGGUACUGGGUGAGUCUCUCGGCACGGUGGGUUUGCAGCAAUGGGAGGUGUGGUGGCUUUGCAGCUCCACCGGUCCCUUGGUGGCCUCUCGGGGACCUGAGGUCCUCUGGCUCUUCUGGGACUGCAAUGCUUCCUUUGUGGUUAACCAAAAUCAGAGACUCCGGGAGAUGGUGUCAGGCUGUGCGAGGAACCAGAGGGCCGGUGUUGGCUAAUGGCUGCGGUCGCAGCGGGGGACUGAUGUGAAGGCGCUGGGGCCUUGCUGCUGUUCCCGGCACGGUGCGGGGGGAUGGCAGGGCUGCGCAGGCUGGGCUGGGGCCCCAAACUGAACCCCCUCCCGGGAGCUGCACAGUCGUGUGUGCAGGACAGGGUGGAGGCAUCUCAGGGCCUGGGAACAGGGAAAAAAUCAGAGCAUCUGUGAGCCUGACCCACAUGGAGCUGUGCAGGGAAAGGGCUGUCCUGGCGUGCAUGCGGGAGCACAGGGUGGUCGGUGAGGAGAUCUCCCACCAGCAGUGCCGAGCCCAUGCGUGUGCCAGGGCUGAGCCCUGGUGCUCCUGGCAGUCCUUCCAUGGCACGUGGCAGCUCAGGUUGUGCCAGUCUUUCACCAGGCUUUGUCUUCCUGCACAGAACAUCCUGGGACUGCAGGGGAUCCCUCGGCAAUUUUUCCUGCAGGUGUAUGAGACGCUGCGGAGGAUUGGGGAGACCAGGGCUGGGGAUGCCGUCCUGGGGCUGGCCUGCCUGGCCGCGCUGGCAGGGCUCCGGGUGAUGAAGAGCCGCCUGCCCCGAGCUGCCCCUGCGGAGCCGCUGGCUGUCAGAGCCAGCUACCUCAUCGUCUGGACCUCCGCCACGGGUGCGUUGGCCAUCCCCUGCCCCCUCUCCUCCCGCGGCCAUCCCUCCUGGGGUCUCGUCUCUUUGGGGCAGGGAAGAGACAGCCUGAAAGUGGUAAAGCCCAGGUGGGCAGGAGCUGAGACCUGGAGGUGGGUCGGGGAGGACAAAGUCCCAAGGAUGGUCCUGCUGCUGUGCAUGCCCCUUCCUAAGGCUUGGGAGACCUCAGCAGCCCAGGUACCUCCUCCUGCCAUCCCUCCUGCCCCCCCGGGCUCCGGGCAGGUUUUCACGGUUGCUCUCUCCGCUGCAGCAUGCAACGCCCUCGUAGUCCUGUUUGCCGGCCUGGUAGCUUACUCCUUCCAGGUGAUGGGCUCCCAGCCGCUCACGCUCACCGGCAGCAUCCCCCAGGGCCUCCCUGCCUUCCGACUGCCACGCUUCUCCGUGGCGGCACCCAACGGCACCGUCCCCUUCUGGAGCAUGGUGGAGGACAUGGGGGUCGGGCUGGCCGUGGUCCCGCUCAUGGGCCUGUUGGAGACCGUUGCGAUUGCCAAGGCUUUUGCCUCGCAGAACGAUUACAGGAUUGACCCCAACCAGGAGCUGCUGGCUAUGGGCUUUGCCAACAUCCUGGGCUCCUUCGUCUCGUCGUAUCCCAUCACGGGCAGCUUUGGCCGGACAGCGGUGAACGCGCAGUCGGGUGUCUGCACCCCCGCGGGAGGGCUCGUCACAGGCACCCUGGUCCUGCUCUCGCUGGCGUACCUCACCUCACUCUUCUACUACAUCCCCAAAGCGGCGCUGGCUGCCGUCAUCAUCUCGGCUGUGGUCCCCAUGUUUGAUGCUGGGAUCUUCAGGACGCUCUGGCGGGUUAAGAGGCUGGACCUCGUGCCCCUCUGCGUGACGUUCCUGCUCUGCUUCUGGGAGGUCCAGUACGGCAUCGUGGCUGGGGUGCUGGUCUCAGGGAUUCUUCUGCUCUACUCCAUUGCCAGGCCUCCAAUAAAGGUGUCAGAGGGGGACGCGCUCCUCGUGCAGCCGGGGAGCAGCCUGCACUUCCCAGCCAUCGAGUACCUCCGGGAUGUCGUGUGCAGCCGUGCUCUGGCAGCAGCAUCUCCAUCACGCUCCAUCGUCCUGGACUGUUGCCACAUCAGCAGCAUUGAUUACACAGUGGUGGUGGGGCUGGCAGAGCUGCAGCAGGAGCUGCGCAAGCACGGCCUCUCGCUGGCCUUCUGCAGCCUGCAGGACCCUGUUCUCCAAGUCCUGCUGUCUGCAGACUUAGAAGGAUUCCAGCAUUUCCCCAGCUGGGAGGAGGCAGAGCGGUGCGGAGGAGCGGAGCCGGGGGGCAGCGGGGCAGCCCCCUUCGCCAGCACCAGCGAGAGCUCUCUGCUGCCUGCGGGGCUCAUCCAGUGAGUCGAGGAGCUGCCUGGGACCUCCUUGGGCAGCGUCGCCUUACCAUCUCCUCACCUCCGAUUGUGCCAGGGCUGUACGUCCUGUGCCGCACAGAGCGGUGGCUGUGACAUCCCGGUGACAUCCGACUAACACACUCCACGGGAGCCGCCUGCCCCUGCCCUGCCUCCUGGGAUGUCUGUCGGGGCUGGGACCGUCCCCCUGUCCCACGCAGGGGAGGAUGGAGCAGCACCAGCCCAAACCCACACGGGCUGCGCAGGCGGCACGAGGGGAGGGAGCACUGGUGGAGACACUGGGAGCAGGGGUUUGGCUGGUCCCACACCAGCUUCCCAGCCCCACCGGAGCUCUGGCACCUCGACGCCUCUGCAGACCAAGGACAGGCAGUCCGUGGAAGGGAUUAGUGGGGCAGAAUGGUUCCCGAUCACUGUCAUCGGGAAAAAGCCAUCCCUCCUCCAGGACUUCCCUAUCCUCAAAGCUGCCAUCUUUUUUAAAUCAGCUGUUUUAAUUCUGGAGCCUUUUCUUAUUCUGGGACGUACCGAACUGUGACGCAGAGCGUACUCUUGUCAAAGCAAGUUUUAAUGAUGCUAGCACUGCCCUCCAAGCCCAAGGGCAUGCUGCAGCUCUCAACCUCAGGUUGCUGGGAGAUGAAAAACAUCAGUGAUUUUGCUCCUUACUGAUCCCUCUUGGUUUGUGGGGUGCUCUGCCAAACGCUGCCAUUGGGCAGGGCUGGGCUGUCCCCCUGUGGGUGCAGUCCCUCACCCGAUUCCUGCCAGGCACCGGAGGGGACAGGCAUCGUGGCACCAGCUUGUGCUUGCCUUGCUGUAAAAUGAGUGCAAAAAGCAAUAGUGCUGUCAGGCAGCGGGGCUGGGGGAGGCAGCGUUUGGGAGAAAGCAGUUUUCCUGAGCUGCCUUUGGCUGACGCCCCUAUAAGGAGGGUAUAAUAAAGCAGUAAUUGCAAAUGA